GUUUCCGGUUAGUGCGGGGCUGGUCGAUAUCAAAUUGCCUUGAACGGGUGCUCGUUAGCAUGCCAUCAUUGUUGCGAUCACCGCGUCGUUAUCUGGCCAUUUAUCUACAAUCUACCGAUCUCCGGUUCAAUCUAUAUCUGAUACAUACUGUCUAAUUAAUCUGCUGGUCGCCCUUGUUCCACCCUCUCCUAUCACGUUCCUUACCACUUACCCGAACGUCACCCCAGCAGCCGACCACCAACAACAUCAUGGAACAUUCCUCCGCACCCAAUAACGCCGCCCUGUACGAUGCGCGGAGACGGAGAGGCUCGGUCGGAACGUCGCAACUAUUUGACAACAUCGUCUCCGCUUCCAACUUCGACAGAGAUGAGGUUGACCGACUGCGCAAGCGAUUCAUGAAACUGGAUAAGGACAGCUCGGGUACAAUUGAUCGCGAUGAAUUCCUUUCCCUUCCCCAAGUGUCAUCCAACCCCCUGGCAACGAGAAUGAUCGCGAUCUUCGACGAAGACGGUGGCGGUGACGUCGACUUCCAAGAAUUCGUUUCAGGUCUCUCGGCCUUCUCGUCUAAGGGUAACAAGGAAGAAAAGCUUCGCUUCGCAUUCAAGGUCUACGAUAUCGAUCGCGACGGGUACAUCUCUAACGGAGAGCUGUUCAUCGUAUUAAAGAUGAUGGUUGGAAACAACCUGAAAGACGUGCAGCUGCAGCAGAUCGUCGAUAAGACGAUCAUGGAGGCGGAUAAAGAUCAAGAUGGAAAGAUCAGUUUUGAGGAGUUUACGGAUAUGGUGGAGAAUACGGAUGUCAGUUUGAGUAUGACGCUGAGCCAGAUUUAGGUGUUGGACAUUGGGAUUGUUUGAGUUUCUUGUUCUUUGUUAUCAGCCUCGCCGACAUGUGCUGGUCGAUUGGAUCUCGUCGACAUGAUAUGAUAAUGAUAGCGAUGAC